CUCAGUGUUGACGCUCUGGGUCUACAUAGCCAAUUCUCCUCGUGCUCCAAGGAAAAGCGUCUCGGAAAGCAAUGUCCGUCGCUGUCAUUCAAGGAGCAUCCGGUGGCCUCGGUCAGGCGCUGACCCGCUACAUUUUACGCCACACCGGCCUUACUGUAUACGCACUCACUCAUCAAGCUUCAUCCCAAGGGGUCAGAGAAUCCUUGUUGUCUGAAGUAUGGGACAAGGGAAAGCAUGAUAGUGAGAGGCUUACUGUCGUUUCCAAUGUGGACGUGAGAGAAGAAGAGGGACUAAGAAGAGGAGCAGAAAUGAUUAGGUCAAGGGAAGGAAGCGGGAGUGUUAGAGUUGUUGUCUGCCUCGCAGGUAUUCUGAAGGCGGAAAAAUCACUAUCUGCAAUCAAUCUUCAUGACGCUCUUUCGUCCUUCCAAAUCAACGCUUUAGGGCAGCUAAUUACUUACAAGCACAUCGUACCCCUGAUACCGACCAAGAAUGAGCUAUCGAUUCUCAAAGCAAAAUGGAAUUCUGAAGAGGAAGGACAUGAUCCGGCGAAAGGCAUGGUAAACGGCGAUCAUUCAAUAUGUUGCUCGUUGAGCGCUCGAGUAGGAAGCAUUAAGGAUAAUGAGAAAGGGGGAUGGUACUCAUACCGAUCUUCUAAAGCAGCUGUGAACCAGAUCAUUCGUACUCUUGAUCAUGAGUUAUACAAUAGAUCAUCUUCCGCAAUUGCAUAUGCCUAUCAUCCUGGCACGGUCUUGACCUCUUUCACAUCUCCCAUCAUUGGCUCUCCUAAGCCCCAUCUUUCGCAGGGUCUGCUUACAGUUGACCAAGCAAUCGACCGUCUGGUGAACAUCAUGAGUCAAGUUAAGAGGGGAGUACAAGGGAGCCAGAACGGAGUUGAUUGGGGUGGAAGAUGUUGGGAUUGGAAAGGGGAUGUGGUCGAAUGGUAGACGGUUAAUGGCAUAUCGAGGGCAGAUAAUAUAGUAACAAGGGAAAACUGUCUUCAUGCACACAUGUGGAUAGAUAAGGAAACGAUAGGAGACGAACGGCAUAGACGGCCAUUAGCGUAUGCAACAAUGGCAGCAUGGUCC